AUGGCUUCUGCCAGUGACCCGAACAACUCCACGGAAGCAGACUGCGAGGACGGCGACUGUGAGCUGAAUGCCGUGGUCGUGGGAAACAAAACGUUUGGCGCGGAUGCGGUCACCGAAAAGAAAGGCCUACUGACAGAAGCAUCCGCCCCAGAAACGCAGCCUCGCUUCUUGUUCUCCGCUUGUGUCAUGCUGUCCAUUUUGACAGCAUACUUGGGGGGAAUGGCCAGCAUGUGGGUAUUGAUGCGGUCGCAGUCUUCCACAGCCAUAGCGGAGUGCAAGCCAUGCUUUGCUCCCGAAAGCUCGAUGCGACUCAACAGCAGCGAUGCUGCGCCUGCUUCUUCUGGCUCGGUGCGACUCAACAGCAGCGAUGCUGCGCCUGCUUCUUAUGGCUUCGUUUACACAGAAGAGGGCACAGCAAUCCUUGAGGAGCUCUUGCGCCUUGUCCGCACCCAGGGCACCAGACAGGCAUUGGUCAGGGCGGACCAGCUGCUGACGAACAAUCGUCAUUUCUUAGAUGCCUGCCACCCCCUGCUACACCGACUGGGCAGAACAUUGUACUUUGAGGCGGGCAAGGACGGCCUGGUCAACGUCCUCGGCUCUCUUCUCAGCUUUGACGAGCAUGCGCGCCGGGUGGCGGCCUCCCUGGUCUCCAACGGCUCUCCCGGCCUUCCCGACUCUUCCAAACCUGGGGCUGCCGCUUCGAGGCAGGACGUGGAGCUGCUCAUGGUGUGCAAUGCUGCAUACCUACAUGGAGCAAUUGAGCUCUUCCUGCUAAAAGCAGGCAUCGCCGGUAAUUUCCAGGCAGCUACACGCUUUGUGGCAUCCCACGUAUGCCAGCGCCUGGGACACGAGUUCAGGCCUCCAUGGGAGUGCUACCAUGGAGUUGGCCACGGUGUGGUCCAGUACUUCCGCGACGUCAACACACGCCAGGGGCUGCAGAAGUCCCUCGAAGCAUCCUUGGUGCUCCGUGGACAGCAUGGCACGCUUUGGAAUGGCAUUUGGAUGGACCACUUUGCCUCGACAACGGUCUCCGGCCAUGAUGCGGACGAUGCGCAAGGUGCCCUGUCAGUCUGUACCGAUGCCAAUGCUGGAAACGGCCAGGGCCAAGGUGACUGCUAUAUGUACUCGCCCACUGCCUUUCUUCUGCACCGUCCGCGGAGCUACCUCGAAGCUCUGCGUUGGUGUGAAAGAGGCUGCGACGGCCGCUCACGCGGCUGCCUGACUGGCUGUACCAGCGGAGUUGGCAUGCAGACGUUCAAAGAGAACUUGGACAACCUCCGCUUGGUGCAGCAAGUUUGCAAGGCUGCCAAAUCUGGCUUGGCAAGCACUUGUAUGCAUGGCGCCUAUGGCUACUACAGCUUUGCCUUUGGAAAGAAGGUUCCAAAACAGCUCUGCCAGACGAUGGAGGCUGACGAACUCAAACGAGCCUGUGCUCGAUGA